UACUGGUCUGUACUGGUCCAUAUUGGUCUGUAUGGGUCUGUACUGGUCCAUACUGGCCCAUACUGGUCCUUACCGGUCCGUACUGGUCCUUACUGGUCUGUACUGGGCAGAGGCGCGCGAGUGCAUGAACUGUGGGGCGACGGUGACGCCGCUGUGGCGCCAGGUCUGUACUGGUCCAUACUGGUGUUCACUGGUCUGUACUGGCCCAUACUGGUCCAUACUGCUCCUUACCGGUCCAUACUGGUUUAUACUGGGCAGAAGCAUGCGAGUGUGUGAACUGCGGGGUGACAGUGAUGCCGCUGUGGCACCGGGUCCAUGCUGGUCCAUACUGGUCCAUACUGGUCCUUACUGGUCUGUAUGGCUCUGUACUGUCCCAUACUGGUCCGUACUGGGCAGAGGCGCGCGAGUGCGUGAACUGCAGGGCGACGGCGCCACCGCUGUGGCGCUGGGUCUGUACUGGUCCAUACUGGUCUGUACUGGUUCUCACUGGUCCGUGCUGUCCCAUACUGGUUCUCACUGGUCCAUACUGGUCUGUACUGGUCCAUACUGGUCUGUACUGGUUCUCACUGGUCCGUGCUGUCCCAUACUGGUUCUCACUGGUCCGUACUGGUUUAUACUGGGCAGAGGCGCGCGAGUGCGUGAACUGCGGGGCCCACGGCGACGCCGCUGUGGCGCUGGGUCCAUAAUGGCCCAUACUGGUCUGUACUGGUCUGUAUGGUCCAUAUUGUCCCAUACUGGUUCUCACUGGUCCAUACUGGCCUGUACUGGUUCUCACUGGUCCAUACUGGUCUGUACUGGUCUGUAUGGGUCUGUACUGGUUCUCACUGGUCCGUACUGGCCCAUACUGGUUCUCACUGGUCCAUACUGGUCUGUACUGGUUCUCACUGGUCCAUACUGGUCUGUACUGGUUCUCACUGGUCUGUACUGGUUCUCACUGGUCCGUACUGGCCCAUACUGGUUCUCACUGGUCCGCACUGGUCUGUACUGGGCAGAGGCGCGCGAGUGCGUGAACUGCGGGGCGACGGCGACGCCGCUGUGGCGCCGGGACGGCACCGGGCACUACCUGUGCAACGCCUGCGGGCUGUACCACCGGCUCAACGGGCACAACCGCCCCUGAUCCGCCCCAAGAAACGCC